GUUUUUAUUGUUUAUCUUUUUGUUGCUGCGUCAACUUUUAUGGAAACUCAUCUUCUCACCUAAAGCUAGGCAAAACUAGUUUACUAAACUCUAUCUUCUCAUUAAUAAUUUAUUUAAUAGUAUAGUACGAUAGUUUUUAAGGUAGACACUCGUGGGUUUUUUCAUCCAAGUCCCAUAUCCCAAACACUGAAUAGUGGCUGCGGGCCUCUACCUUGGAGGACUUGGCAAGUGAGGGAGACAACCAAAUGGAACAACUGGAGCCACAGUUAGCCAAAAAACAUUUGUGGCCUGACCAAGAUGAAGAGGAUGAGGAGGAGGAGGCAGGCGUGGGCCUGUUAGCGAGGCACUCAAGGCAUCCAAACAAUGGAGUUGGAACCACUCCAACUUCUACUGCUACUACUAUUAGUGGUGAGCCUCAGCCUGCCCCUGCCGCGGCCCAUACCAAUGUAACUACAUCUGAGCUUCCUGAACAAGAACCGGAAGGAGAAGAACAAGAAGCAGCAGACAACAGUCAACGAGAUGAAGAGCUGGGCGAUGAGAACGGGGAAGACAAAGUUGUGAAGGAGGAAGGAGAUGGAGUUACAAACAGCUUUUACUUUCACAAACUUCAAGGCACUGAAUCCGUCAAUGGGGUUUCUGAAAUGCAAUCUGAAAUUUCGAAAGGUCUGAGCACGGAAAUCAAUCAUCAACAGUUUAAGAAUGUAGAGGAUCGAAACUUUUUUCGAUUGAGCCCAGCACUGGUUGAACAGUCACAUGAAGAAACAAAUACAAGUUUCAAGCAUUUUGACAAUGCAACUAAAGUAGAUGCCAAUGUUGACUUAAUUGGAGAAAUUGAAGAGGAUUUGAUGGAAUUAGAUGUUGAAAGGGUUUUAGAGAAACAGAAUACACAUGAUUUGUACUGUCCAAAUUGCAAUUCCUGCAUCACCCGACGGGUCAUCCUUCAUAGAAGAAAGCCAAAAAUUUCAAAUAUACGUCACAAACCAAAGCACGUGAAAAAGUUGAAUCCAAUUCCUAUUUCUGUGGUUGAUGGUCGUGGUGGUAACUCACCUAAAAUCUAUUCAAAUGAUAGUCCAACACUGGCACCUGGUGUGCAAAAUAACAGUACAGAACAGGAAGCAUUCAGCUGCUUAUCAUGCUUCAGCCUCUUCAUUCCUAUAGGAAAUGGUUGUUUCAAGAUCUUUCAGUUCUUUGGACGUGGGAAGCAGAAUGAAAACACACAAAACCCUCAAGAGAUAAACCAGAGUGAGAACACACAAAGUCCUCAAGAGAUAAGCCAGAAGGAUAUAGCAAAUAGUCCUAAAGGAAUAAGCCAGAAUGGAAAGACAGAAAGUCCUCAAAAGCUAAGCCACAUUGAAGACACACAAAACACACGAAACCCUCCAAUGAUAAGCCAGAGUGAGAACACACAAAGUCCGCAAAAGAUAAACGGCAAUGAAAUUACACACAGUCCUCAGAACAUAAACCAGAAUGAAAGCAAGCAAAGUCCUCAAAACAUACCUAAAGCCAGGACAAGUUGGAUUUUCUCUGUUUUUGCAUUUCAUAAGGGCAAAGCAACAGUUGAUAAAGCUGGUCAUGCCUCAUCAGUACAAGGUGCUGCAGUACCAACCCUCUCAGUCUCAGUUACCAGUGGAGAACAUGUAGAUGAUGCAAUUAUAAAACCCAAAGAACCUGGAAAAAGUAACAUUUUUUCUUCAACAAAGAGCCCUCUAUUUGGCAAGGUGAAAGCUAAAUCCAGGGAGAAGAAGCUAGAUGCUGGCAUGUUAAACAGAAAUUCUGGGGACAAUGAGAUAGAGGAUAUUGAAGCAGGGCCACUUGAGCCAACAUGUUCCUCGAGGACGGAAGUGGGCAAUUCUUCUCAAACUGGAAACCAGAAUGGAUGUGGAGAUGAUGAUGCUGGUGAAGCUCAUGAAUGGGAAAUUCUAAAAAGCAUUGUCUAUGGUGGAUUAAUUGAAUCUAUCACAAGUUUAGGUGUUGUUUCUUCUGCAGCAGGUGCCGGUGCUGAUACAUUGAAUGUUUUGGCUUUGGGAUUGGCAAAUCUGAUUGGAGGACUAAUCAUCAUUAGUCAUAGUCUUAGAGAACUGAAAAAUGACAAACCUCCUGGGGCUUCCACUGAGGUCAACGUAGAAGACCGGUAUCAAGUACUGUUAGGACGGAGACAGAAUUUUGUAUUGCAUGUCACUGUAGCUAUUUUAUCAUUCCUCAUUUUUGGCUUGGUUCCUCCUAUUGUCUACGGCUUCUCAUUCCGUAAGAGUGAUGAUAAAGACCUCAAGCUUGCAGCAGUUGCAGGUGCUUCUCUAGUAUGCAUCAUUUUGCUUGCACUUGGGAAAGGUCAUGUUAGAAAGCCACAUAGAGCUUAUUUCCGAACUGUAUCAUACUAUGUCGCCCUGGGGUUUAUGGCUUCUGGCAUCUCGUACGUAGCUGGUGAACUAAUUAAGAAACUCCUAGAGAAGCUUGGUUUGUUUGAGUCAACUUCAGCUGUCAGUGCGCCAUUUUUGGAGACAAUACCAUUGGAGGUGGGACGGGCGUCCUAUUGAAGUUCUGGGAUUGAAUCCAAAGCAUUUUGAAGAAAAAGUACUCCGAAUAAAUGAUGCCCUGAGCAUCAACUUUCUGUUAGUCGUGUAACGUGUUUUUAGCUUUGUUUUGCUUUUUCUUUGGUAUCUAUUUCUCCUGGGUACCUUACGUUUAGGUCUGCGGCAAUGGAGAAACUUGUUAAAGAAGUAAGUAUCAUUUCCUUCAGAUUGAUGGAAAUUUGAGUUUAAACAUUCUAGUCGAUUUGGGCGUUAUUUUGCUUUGCUCCUAAUCGAACCAUUGAUGCUACUUACAACC